UUUCAGUUCGUAAUAUUCCUCGCCGCCCUUUCAGCCGCCAACGCCGGCAUCCUGAGCGCCCCCGCGAUCUCCGCCGCCCCUGCUCUGUCCUACGCCGCCCCAGCACUUUCCUAUGCCGCCCCUGCCAUUUCCUAUUCAGCUCCCUCCAUCUCCUACUCUGCCCAUGCUGCCCCCGCCGUCGCCUACUCUGCCGCCCCCGCUAUAGCCGUGGCUAAGGCCGCCCCCGCCGCGGUGUCCUACUCCUACACAAACAAAGCAUCAUAUAGGACCGCCGCGCCCGCCAUAGCCUACUCUGCUGCCCCGGCCUUAUCUUACGCUGCCCCAGCAGUGUCUUAUGCUGCUCCAGCUGUGGCUUACGCCGCCCAUGCCCCAGCUGUGUCCUACGCCGCCCCAGCUGUGUCUUACGCCGCUCAUGCCCCAGCUGUGUCCUACGCCGCCCCAGCUGUGUCUUACGCCGCUCAUGCCCCAGCUGUGUCGUACGCCGCCCCAGCUGUGUCUUACGCCGCUCAUGCCCCAGCUGUGUCGUACGCUGCCCAUGCGCCAGCUGUGUCCUACGCCGCCCCAGCUGUGUCGUACGCUGCCCAUACACCAGCUGUGCCCUAUGCCGCCCCAGCUGUGUCUUAUGCUGCCCACGCUCCAGCGCUGUCGUACGCCUCAGCCGCCCCAGCCAUCUCUUACUCAGCCGCCCCAGCACUCUCAUAUUCCGCCCCCGCACUCAAGAUAGCCGCUCCAGCUCUCUCCUACGCUGCCGCCCCAGCCCUCAAACUGGCGUCACCUCUUUCCUACGCUAGCAACUAUGGGUGGUAA